AUGAGGAUGAUCCUCCUCCUUGUUCUCUGUAUCAUCCUACUCCUUGUUCUUGAGUGGACGAUCCUGACGAUUCGUAGCAUACUCAGUCUGGCUUCUUCUGUUUUGCUGAAGAAGCUUUAUACCACAAAGGAGGGGGUCUCAAGAUUUUACCAGCGUUCAGCUGACGAGGAUGGUAAGCGAAGGUCUGGGAGGAAAGGAGAAGAGAUCUGCCUGAAAUAUCUUCAACUCCUGUACCCGAACAACUUCGUUAAAGUGCCAGAGUACAGUCAUUACGACGUGACGGACAAACACCCAGUUACUGGGAGGGAUAUGUUCUUCGAGUGCAAGUUCUCCAUCAACCGUGGCUUUCUUUUAGUUUGCCCGAGAAGCAGCAGGAGUUCUUUUUAG